GGAGGUCAGACGUCCUUCUGCACUGAAACAGAGCGAUCACUGCUGUACAGAAUCCCAUCGACUUUAUCAGGAUUUAAGAAAAGUUAGAAAAGAACUAAAGAACAGAUCUGGUGCUACAAAGAACAGACAGGAACCAAUCAGAGAUGGAGCUUCUGACAACCACCCUCGUCAUCGUCCUCCUUACAACAGCCUCCGCUAAGCCGAUUGGUUUGCCUCUGCACUACGAUGCUGACAUCACUGACGAUGACUUGAUGCAGGGAUGCCUGGACAGCAAUGACUGGUGGUCUUGGUGGUGCACUGAAGCCUCCAGGUACCAAGACUCUUCUUCAGAGUCGGACGAGUCCGAGGAGUCAUGGGAAACUAGUGACUCUUCAGAAAGUCAAUCUUCAGAGGAGUCCUCUGAGGAAGUUCAGACCACACCAGUCAUGACCACCACUGCCAUGACAACCAGCAGUACAGGAGACGGGUGUACGCCCACCCCUGAACCAGGCACAGUGAGCACGGAUGAGCCAGCUGCGACUGUAACACCCCCGGCAGCAACAAUGACCACAUCCCUCGGCUGUGUGACCGAGGAGAUUCCAACUGCUGCACCAAUCACGGAAAACAGAGGAGACAACUAAGCAACUGUGGUUCCUGUUAACGGACUGCAAACAAUAACCAACCACAAUAACUACGUUUCCACCAGUAACAUAUUAUGGCUCCAAGAAAGCAGAGUUUGGGCACGGGCUUGAUUCAAAUCGCAGGUCCCAGAGUUCCAGUAACUCCAGUAUCUGACAAAGAUGCCAUCAGGAAGUCUUUGUCAGUUACUGGCUCCACAGAUUUAGUCUCAACCCAACCAAAAGAGCAGCUCCACCCCAACCCCAACCCCAGAAAACAUCUCCACAACUUCAAAACUUGUUUUGCAGACAACUGACCCAAAGAGAAAUGUGCAGAUGUGUACAGAUGAUAUGUAUGAAUUAUCCAACUUAACCAACUUCCAGGAAGGUACAAUACUUCUUGUGUUAGCUUUCAACAACAGCUCUUAUUUUCUUAUGUGUUUAUGUCACAUUUUACUCUUCUAUUGAGACUAAUAUCUUCCUAAGAUUAGAAUUAGGGACAUUCAAGGUGAUAAAACUCUUAUUUAAAACUGUCUCACAGCUGAUUCACAGGUUCAAAGUCUGAUGCCACUACUGUUUAUUUGGAAGUUGGACUUUCAGUAGCCAAUAUGUCCUCUCAUACACAGUUCAUUAUUAAUUAUUGCUGUGUUUUACAAUAAACAUUGUUACAUUAAAAAAACAUUAACUUGUUUUAAAUGUACAGAUGUAUGUAUUAUUGAUAUUACACUGAUUGUUUGUUUAUUUUGUUUCUGACAUGAAGACCUGCAGUGUUAUAGCCAUGAAACGGCUACAGAGUAACUUUCAUAGAGAGCAGACCACUUAGAUAUGUUGAUAUAUCGUGAACCAAUCUGUGGUUCUGUCAUGUUUACCUUUAAGUAUUAACUGGUCAGGAAAGCGCAGGUAGGAUACUUUGGUGGAUUUCUUUCAGUGUGCCAAAAUAGUCAAUGUGAAAAAUCCUGAAAUACUGUUGAAAGUAUUUCAGGGUCACUUUUAAGUCUCAGUCAUAGCAGACCCUCUGAAUGCACUAAACAUUAAAAGUAAACCCAAAUCAAGAUGUUUCAGAUAUCCAUUCUCGUAUUGCAAAGUUUGUUUAAACAAGUAGAUAGGAGAUGAUUGCUACUACAUGUGUGUUGUACUUAAAUAGACCAAAUAAAGUCAACCUUGUGCAUAAAGCAUCCAGAGUAUGUGACCCACAGCACUUAUAGACUGUGGAGGGUGUGUCCUGUUUGUCUUGUUAGCUCUUGUCUGUUGUCUGUACAUGAUGAACAAGACUGAGUUAUUGCCACAGCGGUUUGCUUUAAUUAUGGGCUGUGAAUUCAUCUUUUCCCAAAUUAAAUGCAGCUUAGGGCUGAAGACAAUACUUUAAUGUUGUCACUUUGCUUCUGCUUAAACAUGUGUUGUACUUCAUUUUGUUGCAUAUAAUGUGCAUGAUUAAAUGUAAUGUAUAUAACUACUAUUUUUUUUCUAAUGACAUUAAAAUGGUCAUAUAUGUAAAAUCA